AUGCAACGAGUACCUCAAUAUGCACAAAGACCUGUAGUUUAAGACUCCUUCCGUUAGUCCUUCAAAUAGACUCCUGACAAAGAGAACACAUACGCAUAAUUACAAAAACGAAAACCCAUACAAGCCUAUCCACAAUACCAAUCCACUCAGACCCUCCAAAAACCAGAAAUGCGUCCCAACUCCUCUCAACCCAGACAACCAUCAGUAUAGGCAGUGCCAAGACCAUCCUCAGCAUCCAAUGACAAAAUAGCCUUCUCCAAUCAAAAGCAACCAUCCAGAUGCUCAUUCAAAGAAUUAAAGAACUCAACAUACAUUCAACCAUAACAAGCUACACCUUAAUCGAGAUAUUAUUCAUUAAAAUAGGUUCCAGAUAAUACUCUUGUGAAAUCAUAAUCUAAUUAACAGUUGCCAAACAAAUAAAUUGAUUAAUCAGAAUAUAAAAAAUUACACGAAAAAUUGUUAUUUUUAGAAAACAAGAUCAACAAAAUUAAAUCCAAUAUUGAAAUAAGUAACUCACAACUCCAGAAACAAUCUGAAAGAGCCAAACAAAAACCAGUUGGAUUAGCUGCUAAGUUUUUUCAAAAAAAAGACCAAGAAAAUUAUGAACCCAAAGAAUCUAGCACACCAAAGGAACUAACAAAAUGUGCAACUGCACUCAAUCUACAACUCAACAAAGCCUUAAAAUAAAGUCAAAUAACCAAAGAAAAACAAUCUACUGUCAAUCUAGAUCAGUUCGUUACACAAGUCAAGCAAAUAAAAAAACCAACUCAACCACAACAAUCUCAACUCAGCAGACACUAAUCCUUAGAAAUUAGUUAAAAUAUCAUCCCAACCACUAAAGUCAUUGUCAAUGAGAAAUCCUAUUCAUCCUAAAAACCUAAAAAAGAUGACACUGUAAUUAUUCAACCUUAUAUCUAGUUUCUGUAUUAUAUAUCAAGCGUAGUGAAAGCUUUAGUCUAAGAAUAGGCUAAUAAAAAUGAUGAAGUCGUUAGAGAUCAUAUUGUGUAAACCAUACAGGUAAAAGCAUUUCUUAUCGCAAAUUAGGGACUAGAGUAUGCUAGGAACCUACAAUUGCAAUUCUAAGAGGAUAAAGUUGUGAAUCUACCAAAAUCUAAUCAUCUUAAAACUGUAGUUUUUGAUUUAGAUGAAACUCUCAUUCAUUGCAAUGAAAGCGUGGCUGUUCCUGGAGAUGUCGUAUUGCCAAUCACUUUCCCUACUGGAGAAACCAUUCAAGCUUCAAUCAAUAUCAGACCUUUUGCUUAACAAAUACUUUAAACUCUAUCUCGUCAUUUCGAAAUUAUUGUUUUCACAGCUUCGCAUUCAUGCUAUGCCAAUGUAGUCUUGGAUUACUUGGACCCAAAAAAACAAUGGAUUAGUCAUAGACUUUUCAGAGAUCAUUGUUUACAAAGUGAAGAUGGAGCUUAUAUCAAGGAUUUAAGAGUCUUAGGAAAUAGGAAGUUAUCUAAUCUUCUCUUAGUUGAUAAUGCUAGUUACUCAUUUGGGUAAUAAAUAGAUAAUGGAGUACCAAUUAUUGCAUAUUAUGAUAAUAAACAUGAUUAAGAAUUAUUAUAUUUACAAAAUUAUUUAAUGAAAUUUAGAAUGGUCACUGAUGUCAGAGAACUGAAUUCAUAACUAUUAAAAAUGAACUCUUAUACAAAUUAUUAAGAUCCCUUGCAUUUGGUCUAGGAUUUAUUCCCUGAUUACUUAACAAAAUGA